CAGAUCGCAGUACAAACUACAGCCUCCAACACCGGCAACAAUUCUCUUCUCUGCAACCAACCAACCAAACCAAACACAAUGGAGCGAGACGACUAUGGAAUCAAAAUCUACAUGCCAUCCGCAUCAGCAUCCCCGAAAUCCGCCCCCGGCCGCUCCAAAUCCUCUCCCUCACCAUCCUUUCCCCCACCACCGCCGCCGCCUCCCCCACCGCCGACAUCAUGCACCGCGUCGCUGUGCCUAACACAAGCACCGAAGAAGCCAGGGAGCAAGAGAAGAGCCAUGGCGAAAGGAGUGCAAAACACGAUGUCUAAGACCUCCAUGCUGGUCAAUUUCCUCCCCACGGGCACCCUCCUAACCUUCGAGAUGCUCCUGCCGUCCGUCUCCAAGAACGGGGAGUGCACCCACGUCACCACCCUCAUGAUCUACUUCCUCCUCGCGCUCUGCUCCCUCUCCUGCUUCUUCUUCCACUUCACCGACAGUUUCAAGGGCCCCGACGGCAAGGUCUACUACGGCUUCGUCACCCCCAAGGGGCUGGCCGUGUUCAAGCCCGGGCUCGGGAUCGAGGUGCCCAAGGAUGACAAGUACAGGCUAGGGUUCACGGAUUUCGUCCACGCCAUGAUGUCGGUGAUGGUGUUCAUGGCGAUCGCGCUGUCGGAUCACAGGGUGACGGAUUGUUUGUUCCCUGGGAACGUGAAGGAACUGGAUGAGGUGAUGGAGAGUUUCCCGCUCAUGGUCGGUGUUGUGUGCAGCGGCCUCUUCUUGGUGUUUCCCAACACUAGGUAUGGGAUUGGUUGCAUGGCCACUUAGAAGUACAAGUUAUUAGUGGUCAAGAACAUUAUAUUGAUUCUGUUUUGUUGGUUUGUUCUUUACUUGCUGUUGUUGUUACCAUAGAUUGUUUAAGUUUCGUUGUGAUCAGUUGAUGAAGGAAUGGAUCUAGGUCUUCUUGGAUCAGUCUCUCUUCUUUAAUGCUUUUCCUUUUAUGUUCUAGUAGUUUUAGACUUUAAAUGUAAAUAAUCCUCCUUAUUACUUCCUAGAAUUCUCCGAGUAUAUAUAUGGGUAGAUUGUGUUGUUUAUUUAUGAUUCUUAAUCAAUGGAUUUCAUCUUG